AUGCAUGCCGCGGGUGUCAACCUUGAGUUGAAAUCCACAGCACCGUUGUCUUCGCAGCUUGGCGCCUUCCAUGAUGGUGGUGCUGGCUUCGGCGAGCAGACGGGUUAUGCCCAACCGGCACAGGUCGCUGGCGUUGUUCCAGGACAGUUCCAAAGGUCAGCAUCCUUCGACGCAUCCUGGACUGUGGGCUACAACAAGGCCAGCUACGGCCACCCGGAGCUCUGCAGCAGGCCUUGCGUCUACUGCUUCAAACGCGAGCGAUGCCCCGCCGGAUUGGCGUGUGGGUAUUGCCACCUCCCGCAUGAGGCAAUUGGCGUGCGACCCAACAGGCGCUUCCGAGAGUUGCGUGCUGAGGUUACCGACCAGCAGCUCCUAGUAACCUUCUUGCCUUACAUCCGGUGGAAAGCCGAGAUGAAGGGGCUUCUUCCCUCAGCCUCGCAUCUCAUUGCUCUCCUCGAAGCUGAAGUCAUCGAGCCUUUUGCGCCGAGGAUCCGGGCAAAGAUCAAGGCAGAGAAGAUGUCUUUCAUCCACCUCGUGGAGUGCAGCAUGCACCGCCUACCUCCGCACAUCCGAGCUGAGGGGGAACGUUUGAAAGCCACCAUGCCUCCACCUCAGCUAAAGGCUUCAGCGCAUUCUUUGUCCAUCGUCAUCUAG